CCCAUCUGGAUUCAUUCCUUGCAAGCAACCGGGCAUCGGCAAUAUUGAUAUCACGUUCCGAGCGAUCUUGGGAACCUCUCAGAAGCCCAGUAAAGGGCUCCGCCGAUAUUAAGCAGCCGUAAUUAUGGCCGUGAAUGGGGCGCGAAAGGAAACUCCUACAAAUUCGGAGGGAGCCACAGGCCUGCUAGACAAGAGUCUGGUCAAAGGCGUCGUAAGGUCGGAAAAGUCGAGGAUCAAGCUGAGGAUCAAGAAGCCGGUGCCUAAACCAUCGCUACCGGGCAACUGGAAGGAAAGCGAUGCAACAAAUAUUGAGAACAAAGCCCCCGCAUCGUCGACGACUUCGCCUGUGAUCAACGCUCUCGACGAAAAGACAAUCUCUGGCUUCCCCAGCGGCCGCCCGUUAGAUGACAAAGUAGAUACGGUACAAUGCAAGCACUGUCGUCGGCCAGUGCUCCGCGCAUCGUCAGCAACACAUAUCCGCGAGUGUCUCCACAAGAAGCAAGAGAAGCUUAAGAAGAAGAAAGAAGCCAAGGAGGCCAAAGAUGCUGCGCUCAGAAAGGAGAAAGGCGAAGACGACGAAGGUGGUAAGUCGCGCAAGUCGGCCAUCAAAGGCGCUUCCAUGGAUGGGGACGGCGCAAAGAAGGGCAAGAAGCGGAAGCUUGAUGGGGAUGCAGAGAAGGCGCCCAAUGCAAAGAAGAAGAAGAAGGACGAACCCAAGCAAAAGGGUGCCAAACCCAAAGGGCCAGUCGACGUCGAGAGGCAAUGUGGUGUAUCUCUACCAAACGGUGGAUACUGCGCCAGGAGUUUGACUUGCAAGAGCCAUUCCAUGGGUCUCAAGAGGGCUGUCCCGGGACGUAGUCUGCCGUACGAUAUGCUGUUGGCGCAGUACCAAAAGAAGAACCAGGCCAAGAUACAAAGAUCACUCAUCGACGCAAACGCUCCUCUUCCCGAAGAUCUCGAGCCCUCGGGCGCUGUUGACUCGGACGAAGAGAAAGAUUCGAUUAUGGCCGCCCUGGGUCGACACCGACCGCGUCCCAUGGCAACGUAUACUCACACAUCUCAACGAUCGAAAUACCAAUAUAUACGGAUGAAGGGCAUGAUUCGUUCUGCACUUGGAGCGCCGCCUGGUGGAGGAGGUUCCAUGUUCUCAGGAGGAGACAACGCGAGUACCGGACGAGGGAUGGGACUGGGUAUGAUGGGCGCACCUCUGAGCGCAACCAACGAACAUUUUCCACAGAGCGCGGGCUUUGGGGCACCGCUGAGUGCUGGACUUGACAGUGGAGCGGGAAGCAGAAGGCAGAGUACUAUUAGUUCAGGUGGCCCUCGACAGUUGCUGCCCGGACACUUGCAGAAGGUGUCCUGAGAGCAGCGUGCACAUGAUGACGGGCAAGGGUAUUGGUAUUGGGCAUGGCGUAAAGCCUGGGUCUUGGCGUUAUGAUCCCCGUGCAGGAACACAAUGAGGUUUUUUAUGCUAGUGUCUGGGUAUCUAGACAUUAGCUUUUCAUGUUUAAAUAACGAUUCAAAAACAAGCGAUUCCUUGUGUGUGAUGCCGAAUGCACAG